AUAGGCCCAUCUGGAUUUCUCUCCUAAUCCUUAGCUCCGGUAGGUGAGAUGGUAUUGGGCUUGUUCCAGCCAUUUGUACAUCUGGGUUAAGGGGUGUUUUCUCCUUGCAGGAGAAGAAGGCAUUGAAGGUCUCUCCAUCCAAACGUGUCUUACGAAGACGCAAGAGAGAAUGGGUGGUCCCGCCGAUAUCUGUCUCUGAGAACGGCAAGGGUCCCUUCCCCCAGAAGCUGAACCAGCUCAAAUCGAAUAAGGACAGAGGCACCAAGAUUUUCUACAGCAUCACGGGGCCCGGGGCAGACAGCCCCCCUGAGGGUGUCUUCACCAUAGAGAAAGAGACGGGCUGGUUGUUGCUGAAUAAGCCCCUGGACCGGGAGAAGAUUGCCAAGUAUGAGCUCUUUGGCCACGCCGUGUCGGAGAAUGGUGCUUCAGUGGAGGAGCCCAUGAACAUCUCCAUCAUCGUCACGGACCAGAAUGACCACAAGCCCAAGUUCACCCAGGACGUCUUCAGAGGGAGCGUCUUAGAGGGGGCACUGCCCGGCACUUCCGUGAUGCAGGUGACGGCCACGGACGAGGACGAUGCCAUCAACACUUACAACGGGGUGGUCGCUUACUCCAUCCAUAGCCAGGAACCGAAGGACCCGCAUGAGCUCAUGUUCACCGUCCACCGGGGCACAGGCAGCAUCAGCGUGGUCUCCAGCGGCCUGGACCGAGAGAAAGUCCCUGAGUACACGCUGACCAUCCAGGCCACAGACAUGGACGGGGACGGCUCCACCACCACGGCAGUGGCAGUAGUGGAAAUCCUCGACGCCAAUGACAACGCCCCCGUGUUUGACCCCCAGAAGUAUGAGGCCCGUGUGCCAGAGAAUGCAGUGGGCCACGAGGUGCAGAGGCUGACAGUGACCGAUCUGGAUGCCCCCAACUCACCGGCGUGGCAUGCCACCUACCGCAUUGUGGGAGGUGACGACAGUGACCGUUUUACCAUCACCACCGACCCUGAGAGCAACCAGGGCAUCUUGACAACCAGGAAGGGCUUGGAUUUUGAGGCCAAGCACCAGCACACCCUGUACGUUGCAGUGACCAACGAGGCUCCCUUUGUGGUGAAGCUGCCAACCUCCACGGCCACCGUAGUGGUGCAUGUGGAGGAUGUGAAUGAGGCACCCGUGUUUGUCCCACCCUCCAAAGUCAUCGAGGUCCAGGAGGGCGUCUCCACCGGGGAGCCUGUGUGCGUCUACACUGCGCAGGAUCCUGACAAGGAGGAUCAGAAGAUCAGCUACCAUAUCCUGAGAGACCCAGCCGGGUGGCUGGCCAUGGACCCAGACAGCGGGCAGGUCACUGCCUCGGGCACCUUAGACCGCGAGGAUGAGCAGUUUGUGAGGAACAACGUCUAUGAGGUCAUCGUCCUGGCCGCGGACAAUGGGAGUCCUCCCACCACGGGCACGGGGACCCUCCUGCUGACACUUAUCGACGUCAAUGACCACGGCCCGGUCCCUGAGCCCCAGCAGAUCACCAUCUGCAACCAAAGCCCCGUACCCCAAGUGCUGAACAUCACGGACAAGGACCUGUCCCCCCACACCUCCCCUUUCCAGGCCCAGCUCACACACGACUCGGACAUCCACUGGACGGCAGAGGUCAAUGAGAAAGGUGACACAGUGGCUUUGUCCCUGAAGAAGUUCCUGAAGCAAGACACAUAUGACGUGCACCUUUCUCUGUCUGACCACGGCAGCAAGGAGCAGCUGACGGUGAUCAGGGCCACCGUGUGCGACUGCCACGGCCACGUGGAAAGCUGCCCCAAACCCUGGAAGGGGGGCUUUAUCCUCCCCGUCCUCGGGGCUGUCCUGGCUCUGCUACUGCUCCUGCUGGUGCUCCUCUUGUUGGUGAGAAAGAAGCGGAAGGUGAAGGAGCCCCUUCUACUCCCAGAAGAUGACACCCGUGACAAUGUCUUCUACUAUGGCGAGGAAGGGGGCGGCGAAGAGGACCAGGACUACGACAUCACCCAGCUCCACCGGGGGCUGGAGGCCAGGCCCGAGGUGGUUCUCCGCAACGACGUGGCGCCAACCUUCAUCCCCACCCCCAUGUACCGUCCUCGGCCAGCCAACCCAGACGAAAUCGGCAACUUCAUCAUCGAGAACCUGAAGGCGGCGAACACGGACCCCACCGCGCCACCCUACGACUCCCUGCUCGUGUUCGACUACGAGGGCAGCGGCUCGGACGCCGCCUCGCUCAGCUCCCUCACCUCCUCGGCCUCGGACCAGGACCAGGACUACGACUACCUGAGUGAGUGGGGCAGCCGCUUCAAGAAGCUGGCGGACAUGUACGGCGGUGGCGAGGACAACUAGGCUGCCCGCCCACCUGCCUCGGGGCAGGGGACCAAACUUCAGGCCACAGCGGCAUCUCCGAGGGGGUCUCCGUCCCCCCACCCGUCAGCCAAGGCCUUUGGAGCUUGUCGGGAAGUGGCUUUAGCGACUCAGAGGGGAGAGGCUGUGGGUCUCGGAGGGGCUGGUUUCCGAGCCUUUCACAGUGCACGGUGUGGGCAGCCGUGGGCAGCCGACGUCAACGCUGGGACCUCCCGCCUAGGUCAGGGUCGCCCCAGGCGCCGUUUCCAGGAGUCUCUCCUCUGCCACCAAAUGCUCAGCCCCGUGGCCGUGGCCUGGGCCUGCUCUGACCCGGGCUGACCUCGUCUCUGGAAUGGACCCUUCUCCUUAGAAAGAGGCCACCUCUUAGUACAACAUGAAUAUUUCCAAUGCUGAUUUCAAAGAGUUAGAGGCAGGUCACCCGCCCCGCCAUCGCUCUGAUUUCCAGGCCCUGAGACCCCCCACUCGGAUGGAUCACUACGUUUUUUAUACUGAGCGUGUCUAGGUUGUCCUUUUUCAUUUUCCCCAUCGUGUGCUAUAGAUGAAGGGUGAUGACAAUCGUGUAAAUGUACCGGAACUUUUUUAUUAAAGGAACUUUUCCCAGAGG